UAGGUUCAAACUGGGACUACAGUCUAGCUUCACAAUCACAUAGACAGACAGAGUCACACAAUGCACAGCUGGCUGGAUGGCAAACAAGAAUCAUAACUUCGUGUCAAUUUCAGCCUUUUUGGUUAUUAUGCUGCAUUUUACUUCGUGAAUGUAUAUCAACCACCACCGCCAAACAAUGAGAGGCACCAUGAAGAGAAAGUUUGCAGAGGUAGAUGGCAAUCCCUGCUACUCCUCCUCCUCUCCCCCGUCCUCCAUCUCCUCCCCUGCCUCCUCCGAGUGGGAGUCUGAUGGGGAGAGCGGCCCCUCUGACAACCAGGAUUUCACAACUCACAGUCCUUCUUCACCCACUGGUUUACCCAUUCGGUCCAUCCUGAAGAGGCCCAAGCUUGCAGGUGCACAGAGCAACGUGCGCUUUGACCAAGUGAUGGUGUUCAGUUUCCCACGCUGCCAAGGCUUCGCCUCAGUGUACCCAGUGGUGAAGAUGCCAGCACCUGGGCAUGAUGGGAGACACAGCACCAUUCGAAGCAAUACACGUAACCGCAUAAAGGCAGGCGAAUGUAACAGGCAGAAAAAAAUAAACAAAGUGAGGCACACGCACCGGCAGAUCCCAGAUGAAGACGAUGACAUCCACAUCAGUGAUGCUGAGCUGGAGGAUGGAGGUUUCCUCCAGCCGUACUCCUCAAAACAGCGCCAGGCUCUCCUCCAGGCAGCGGGGGUGAAGCGCAUUGACAGGGAGGAGAAGAGGCAGCUUCAUGCCCUGCGUAUCUCCAGGGAGGCCUGUGGAUGUGACUGCCAGGGUUUUUGUGAGCCAGAGACGUGCGCAUGCAGUCUGGCAGGAAUCAAGUGCCAGGAGGACCGCGUCAACUUCCCAUGUGGCUGCACCAAGGACGGCUGUGGAAACACUCAGGGACGCAUUGAGUUCAACUCCAGACGUGUGCAGACUCAUUAUUUCCACACCGUUAUGAAACUCGAACUGGAGAGGCGACUGCAAGAUGAAACACUUUGCCAAGAGGACCAGACAGGACUUCCAGAUAACCUUCAACAGUAUGUGGACCAGGAUGAGGCCCAUCUGGUGCAGAGUGCACAGGACAAGAGCUGCCCCUUUGGGUUCACCAUGGAGGAAGAUGGUCUUCCUCUCACCAUGCCUGCCACACCUCCCUUUCAUUUCACCCCAGAGCGGUUGGUAGUGGAGGAGAACAGCUGCAGCAGCGACAUGACCGAAUCCUGUUGCUCCUCCUCUGACUCUGAUGCAGGAGGAUGCGUUAAUGGGAGUCAGAAUCUCCCUGAUGUUAAUGAAGGGUUGUCACGUGCCCUCAGCAUCUGUGACUCUGAAAAUGAUAACUACUCUACGUGCAGCCAACGGAGGCACAUAGGAGAGCCACUAAUGCAGCACAGCAGCAACUCUGCCACUUACAGCACACCUACUGACAGUAUGGGGCCACUUACAGCCAACACAUUCACAGACAAUAUGAGCAGGACCUCACUGACAGAUUACCUCGAUGAGAAUGCAAACCAAGCUAGAGAUUUCUUUGACAAUGACUCUCUUGAGGGCUUCCCCAACACUCCCUCCCCCACUGUGGACUAUUUUUCCGGCAGGUACAUGGACCUGAGUCUGUCCUCUGACUCUGACAUUGAGUUCUUCGACAGUGACUACACCUCUGGACCUCUGCACAGUUCUUUCAAAGUACAGAGACACCCAGACAGCUUUUGCCACCUCCAGCUGUUCAGCUCUGUUAAUUUGCCACAGUACGAGUCGAGCACCUACCUACUAGAGUCUCUGAUCGGCCUGACUGAGCCAGGCCCAGAGCAGGGUUAUGCAGUCAGCAACACCCAGCUUUUAUAGCAAGGCAGUCUAGUGAAAUAACAAGAAACAGUGUAAGAUAAUUAAAUGUAUAAAGCACUUCUUUUGUGUAUUUGUAAGAAUAUUUCAAUGUACAAAGAAUGAUUGAUAAAAUAUUUUUUUCUAUCUGAAUGUUUUCUAUUGCCUAAAAAUAAUUUUGCCUUUAUUUCAGAGAAACCCCACUUGAGUAAUUAUUAUAUUAUACAUUCAGCCUUAUUGUUUAUUGCAAGUUAAGUUGUUUAAAGUAAAAACCUAUUUAUUACAAAGGUUAUGAAGGUAGAGGCAAUAAACUGUUCCCAUUUUAAACAGUAUUGGCCUAGUUUUCAACAAAAAUAUGCAUAUUUUCAGGUAGCUUGCCAUGGUAUAAGUAGGAUAAUCCACAUUGGCGCAUGCAGUAAUGAAAAAAUAACACUCCUCCAUUUCAACCUAGGAGUUGUGAAUUAUUUUCUACUGCCUGACUGAUUGUGGAUUAUCCCGUAUAUGCUUAACUAUAUGUUUUGAAUAUUUCUGUAUUAGAGAAAUACAAUAAAACAUUUGCAUUAAUUUAUUCACGGAUUUCAAA